CAGGGGAGCUUUAGCGUCAUCUCGGAGCGCCAGCCGCCGGCCUAGAGGUAGUGGUGGCGUACUGAGCCCGGCGGUGCCUGGCUACCCUGAUGGCUCUGCGGGUACUGACCCGUGCUCUGGGCUCUCUGAGUCUGGCGCCCCCGGCUGCCGCCGCCCCCGGCCCAAGUGUGCUUCCGACCGCCCAGGCGACAAGCAAUGCUCUCCAGCUGCCCUCUGCCUCGAUGUUGCUCCCCUGCCGCCCGUUCCUUACCUCUGUGGCCCUGAGUGCCAAGUUCGUGUCCUGGAAAAGUCGUACCACGUAUACUGUCGCACCACAGAAAAUGAGGAAAUCUGGAGGCCGAGACCACACAGGCCGAAUCCGAGUGCAUGGUAUCGGCGGGGGUCACAAGCAGCGUUAUCGCAUGAUUGACUUUCUUCGGUUCCGGCCGGAGCAGGACACCAAGCCGGGACCCUUUGAGGAGAAGGUCAUCCUCGUCCGCUAUGACCCCUGUAGGUCAGCAGACAUAGCUCUGGUUGCUGGGGGCAACCGGAAACGCUGGAUCGUUGCCACGGAAAACAUGCAGGCUGGAGAUAUAAUCCUUAAUUCUGACCACAUAGGCCGCAUGGCAGUUGCUCCUCGAGAAGGGGAUGCACAUCCUCUUGGGGCCUUGCCAGUGGGGACCCUCAUCAACAGUGUGGAGAGCGAGCCAGGCCGGGGGGCCCAGUAUAUCCGAGCCGCAGGGACGUGCGGUGUGCUGCUGCGGAAGGUGAAUGGCACAGCCAUCAUCCAGCUGCCUUCUAAGAGGCAGAUGCAGGUGCUGGAAACGUGCAUAGCAACAGUAGGCCGAGUAUCCAACGUUGAUCAUAACAAACGGGUCAUUGGCAAGGCGGGGCGGAACCGCUGGCUGGGCAAGAGGCCCAACAGCGGGCGAUGGCAACGAAAGGGGGGCUGGGCUGGCAGGAAGAUUCGGCCGCUACCCCCAAUGAAGAGUUACGUGAAGCUGCCCUCAGCGGCUGCCCAAAGCUGACACCUCUGGACUCUAAUAAAGUGACCCCCCAUUUUUA